AUGCGUAGAGUGCGAGUUCAAGCGUUUAUUGACUGGCUCUGCAUGACGGCUCUGCUCGUCUCUCCUCCGUUGCCUUCCGCCACUAGCUCAAAGGCGAAGUUCACAAUGAGCAUGUCCGUUGACGACCUCGUAGCCUCACUCAAUGCAAAUCACAUUGGUCAAGAGGCGAUCGACCUUGCAGCUCUCCAGGCGCAGCUCGCGCAGACGCUAUUUGCGCAUCAAAUUUCGCCGUCGUGUGCAUCUUCUAGCUCGUCCUACUCGUAUGCAACUGCUCAGAAUGCAAACGCAAGUAGGCGUGACCCCGCACACGUGCAGCACUGCACGACCCCCACAACGCGCACCCCUUCCGCAUCUAUCUCGUGGCCUGCAGGCUAUAUGCCCGUAGAACUCGCACAGAGGAAGCGCGGCAAUAGUAUCGUUUGUUCGCAUACCCGUCGAUCAAGCAUAGACGAGGGAUGGUGUGACGUAGACGAGCUGGAUGAGGAACGCAUGGUCGAGGACAUGAUCGUGCCCUCUUCCCCUCAGUCUCCAAAAACCUUUAUUUGGGGAUACACAGGCUUGAAGGGUGCACAAACCCCCGCGCCUACGCCUAUCGCGAUUGUCGGCGCGCCAGUCGAAUCGCAGACUAUAUUUACGACCACAGAUCCAUUUUAUCUACAAGCCUCUCAGGCUAAUGCGGCCUCACAACCACCCUCGUCCUUUUUUGGAAACACAGGUCGCCCAUCUAACCACUCGCCCUUUUUGAGGAGCAACUGGGAAAGUGCUCCUACGCAAUCCGCUGCAACAACCUGGGAUCGCUGA